AUGUCUCACUACCACUUCAUCAAAUGCUGUUGUUUCCAGCUUUGUAAUGUCUUUCGUCAGAACAUGGAGAUAGACCAGUGUCUGCUGGAGUCUCUCCCCAUUGGCCAGCGCCAGCGGCUGGUCAGGAGGAUGCGCUGUGACCAAAUAAGGGCAUACUACGAAAGGGAAAAGAGCCUGCAGCGGCAGCAGGGUGGUAUAAAGGUCCGAGCCCCACCCACUCACCGCAAGAAGCAACGCGUUCGCUUUGGCCUCGCUGAUGUCAUACAGGAUGCAAUCAUUCGCCAUGACGACAAAGAAGUGUUGCGUCUGUUGAAGGAGGGAGCAGACCUGAACACUCCCAUUUCUUCUGGUGGAUCCUUGCUACACCUGUGUGCUCGCCAUGACAAUGUGUUCGCGGCGGAACUUCUGAUUGAGCGAGGCCUGAAUGCCAACCUGCAGGAUGAAGACCUGUGGACAGCUCUGCACGUAGCAUGUGUGUGUGACCAUGCAGAUGUGGUGCUGCUUCUGUUGCUGGCUGGAGUUAACAUCCUUCUGCAGGACGUCAACGGGAACAUUCCUUUGGACUACACCGCGGAGGGAACGGAGUCCUGCUACAUCCUCCGAAAACACCUGGAGGAAAAUGGUGUAGAUGUGUCAUCCAUGCACGCUAUGAAGACUCAGAGACCCAGCACCAUGCUGUCUGAUGUGAGGCAGAUAAUAGCCACAGGGGGAAGCCUCAACCAGCCCAAUGAUGACAAGGUCACUCUGCUCCAUAUAGCAUGUGCCAGUGGAUAUAGGGACGUGGUGUCUGUGUUGCUGGAUAGUGGGGCAGACCCUCAUCCUGCAGACAACAACUUCUGGACCCCUCUCCACCUUGCUGCUAAAUAUGGACAGACAAGCAUCGUUAGCCAACUCCUGAAGCACGGAGCAAACCCGACUCUGUUGAACUGCAACCAAGACAAGCCCUCAGAUAUUGCUGCAUCAGAGCCCAUAGCUGAUAUGCUGCUGAACGGAGAGGAGAGCUGGCUAAAGAGACUGAAAGACCCCUCUACUCCUCUCCCCUCCACUGACCAACGCUAUGAGGGCGGAUCACAUGACCUCAACACCCCUGUCAAGAACUUGAACCCCCUGGGUCUCUCUAUUUCUAAGCGGGACAGUCUGCUGGAGAAGUGUGCCAUGUUCAGAGAGGCAGGUGCAGCACUGAGCCGACAGCCCUCCCAGGACAAUGGCCUAGAUGGCCCCUUCAGCUCUGGAGCAAGCAAAUUGGAACAGGUGAAGCUGAUGCCUCCGGCACCCAAUGACGACUUGGCGUCCCUCAGUGAGCUGACUGACAGCAGCCUGCUCUACGAGAUGCAGAAGCGCUUUGGCAACGACCAAAUCUAUACUUACAUUGGACACAUCCUUUUGCUGGUGAAUCCAAAUAAAGAGCUGCCCAUCUACUCCACUUUGGUGAGUCAGUUGUACCUGAGCUCCACAGGUCGUCUGUGCUCCUCUUUGCCCCCUCACAUCUUCUCCUCAGCAGAGAGAGCUUAUCAUAUGAUGCUGCAGGAGAGACGCCCCCAGUGCUUCAUUUUAAGUGGUGAAAGUGGUUCGGGGAAAACAGAAGCCUGUAAGCAUAUAGUGAGACACCUGACAGCCCGAUCUAGCCCCAAAGGCUUUGCACUGGAACCGAGAAUGAAACACGUGAACUGUAUUCUGGAGGCUUUUGGCCAUGCAAAGACCAUGAGGAACAACAAUUCGAGCCGCUUUAUUAAACUAUUGACCAUCCAAUACUGUGACAAGAGGAGGACGCUGCUCAGAGCCCAUGUGUAUACCUACAUGCUGGAGAAGUCUCGCCUGGUCCACCUGCCUCCUCACCAACACAGCUUCAGCAUCUUCUAUCUGAUGGCUGAAGGCCUGUCACCUGAGGAGAAGUCUGCACUUUACCUGAACAAUGUCUUGGCUCAUAGGUAUCUUAAUGGAGGACUUCCAGGGGAGAACCCUCCAGUAGCUACAGCCUCUACCCAAAGCAAGGAACGCCUUGCAGCUGUUAAGCAAGCCCUGCGAGCUCUGGGCUUCAACAAGCAGGAAGUUGACUCUGUGUUUAUGCUGCUAUCUGCUGUGCUCCAUACUGGGGAUCUGCGUUUUACUUUAUUGACAGAUGCCGAUACAGCCUACCCUUCUGAUCUGCAGCUGCUGGAAAGAGUGGCUGGAAUGUUGCAGGUGUCCUCCAGUGACUUAAGCACCGCCCUCACCUCCGACAUUCAAUACUUCAAAGGUGACAUGAUUACUCGGCGCCACACUGUGGAGAUGUCAGAGCAAUACAGAGACCAACUGGCCAAGGCCAUCUAUGGACGUCUGUUCAGCUAUCUGGUCAACAGUAUCAAUGAUUACCUACAGGGACAGGACGACAGCAUUGGCGACCCUGCCUUAGAAAUAGUGAUCUUGGACAUCUUCGGGUUUGAAGAAUUUCAGAGGAAUGGAUUUGAGCAGCUGUGUGGGAACAUGACCAACGAGCGGCUGAGGCAGUACGUCUCUGAGGUUCUCUUCCAGCAGGAGCAGGCUGAGUGUCUGCAGGAGGGCAUCACCAUGGAGACCACACGCUCUCCUGGCAACCAGCCAGCUGUUCUGGACUUCUUUCUUCAGAAGCCUCAGGGACUGCUGUGUGUGUUAGAUGAGGAGAGCCAGAGCCUACGGCCAGCAGAGCAGACUCUGUACAAGAGACUGUCAGCUCAGCUUGACUCCAACCCAACUCAUGGCCUCUCUCUCACCACCAAGGAUGGCAAUGGAAACCCCCCACCCAAAGAUCAAGGCCCAGCCUUUAUCGUCAGCCACUAUGCUGGCCAGAUUUCAUAUGACCUCACGGGAUCACUCACAAGAAACAAGGACUCCCUUCCUCAGAAUAUCUUGUUUACAAUGAAGUCCAGUGAGAGUGUGUUACUGCAGCAGCUCUUCCAGUCCAAGCUGACUCAGACUGGUUCUCUGGUGCCAGCAGCACAGGGCCGCGUCGGCCUGAGGGGGCCUAAAGCUGCUUUGUUGCUCCACAGGAUGCCAUCAACCUCUCUUGUCACUGCCAGCACUGUCCCCCACCAGCCCCAGAGAUACCAUGACCUUACUAAGAUCUUGAAGAAGAAAGGCUCGAGCUCCUUCCUCCAGCGGCUUGACCGUUGUGGGCCCAUCACAGUGGCCGUCCAGCUGAGGAACUCGCUGUCGGAGGUGAUCAGUAAGCUGCAGGCUUGCACUCCCCACUUUGUAGAGUGUGUGCGCCCCAAUGCCAGUGGUCAGCCAGACAGUUUUGACAGCUUCCAUGUGUCUACCCAGCUGCAAUACAUCGGGGUGCUUGAGAUGGUGCGCAUGAUCCGAUACGGAUACCCUGUACGCCUGUCCUUCCCAGGCUUCCUCAGCAGAUACAAAGACCUCGUGGUACUAGACAAGAAGAAAUUGUCACCAGAGGAGAGAUGUCGCUCAGUUCUGCAACAGUCCAAACUCCAGGGAUGGCAGAUGGGCAGCAGUAAAGUGUUUCUCAGAUACUGGCAGGCAGACCAGCUCAACGACCGCUGCUACCAGCUUCAUAAAAAGAUCGUCACCUGUCAGAAAGUUGUGCGCGGCUGGCUGGCCAGACGGCAUGUUCAUCGCAGACUGACGUCGCAGCAGAAGGAAGAGUGCAGUGUGCAGCGUUUCCUGCAGGGGGCAGAGGACAUGGGGCUGCGAACCUAUGACCAGUUAGUCAUUCAGAAUGCAUCCGACAUCGCACGAGAGAGUGACCGCCUGCGCAGCCAUGGCAACACCCUUCUCAACACCCUUGGCAGCAGCCCACCACUUGGUGAGAGGCCUGAGCCAGUGGGCAAGGAGGAAGAUCAGCCUGUCAGGAGGGUUGUGGAAAAAAGUACUAAAGUCCACGAGGGCACAGUCAACGGCAGCAGUCGAGUUAUUCGCCACUUUCGAUCAAGCUCAGUACCCAUUCCCCUUGCCAUGGAGAACAUGGGCCAUUCCUCUGCCAGUCCAUCCAUCAAACCCACCCUACAGCAAGUAGCUCAUACCAGCGAGGAGGGAGCAGGGGGGGGAGGUCUUUCCUCCCCUCGGAAGCAACCUCCUCCAAAACCAAAGAGGGACCCUAACACCCGCCUGAGUGCAUCUUAUGAAGCAGUCAGUGCAGGUUUGGUGAUGGCAGCCAAAGAGUGCCCCACUCCAGAAGGUUAUGGUUCGCCAGCUGGAAGCCCCCCUAAAUCCCAGCUGUCCCCCACAGACCCUGCAGGCUUGUCCAAGCCCCGUCCCCACAGUGAUGACUACACAACCAUGAGGAAGGUGCCACCCCCCAAACCCAAGCGCAGUCCCAACACUAAGCUGACAGGCUCAUAUGAGGAGAUCAACGCUGUAGCACCUCACCUCCACCAGCUGCGCCCUGCUGAUGUAAAACUGGCCCUGCUGUCUCGUGCUGGGGGAUUCGGAGGGUUUGGAGGCUUGAUGCAGAGAGCAGCCUCUGUAGAUGCUCCACAAGGGGUAGCACUGAGUCUAUACCAGGGCCAAGAUGAAGAGGACGUGUACAUAGAGAUGUUGAGCUCCCAGCCUCGGGCCCGGAGCCUCCAGGAGCCCCCUGACAGCCCAGAGUUGGCUGACUCAGAGGCUGUCUAUGAGGAAAUGAAGUAUUUCCCCUCUGAAGAUGGUGGACCACCUGCUGUCAUUACCAAGGCUGCCAAACUGGAGGCUUUAGGCUUGGGCCUGGUGGGAUUGGGGACAUCUCCCCCUCAGAGCGGUGAGAUCAAACGGAUGGCAGCUGGGGUGACUGCUGCCAUGGACAUUGCUCACUCACAGAGUACAUCUAGCAGUGGAGCUCCCAAAAGUCAGCAUGGAAAAGAUGGCAGCUGUGACAUUCCUGCCCCCUUUCCCAACUUGCUCCCCCAUCGUCCACCUCUCCUUGUGUUUCCCCCAUCCCCUGUCACCUGCUCUCCUGCUUCAGAUGAGUCACCACUCACCCCUCUAGAGGUCAAGAAGCUGCCAGUGUUUGAGACAAACCUGAACUAUGCGACUGGCCCAGACAGCCCCCUGUCACCACAAUAUGCCCGCCAGAGGGCUGACUCCUCUCCUAGCCUCACUGUUCUCAUGCCAGAGAAGAAGUCCACUCCUCCACUCACUCCUCCACCUCCUCCUCCUCCCCCAAGUGUCCCACCUCCCCCCUACAGACCACCCUCGCACUUCCCCUUCCCACCUGAGGCCAACUUCCUUGCUCUGACUCGAGCAGCAUCUGUCAUAGGGAGCUCGGACUCCCCCAAAACAUCGUCCUCACAAAGGGCAGGUGGGGAACCACUAGGGAAGCCCCCACCCUACUCCCCAGUGAAGAUGUCCCGUCCUGAGCCUCGGAGAGCACAUUCAUGCUCUUCCUCCCCCUUGUUGUUCAACCCAGCCAAUGGCAGACCCCUGACCAGCCCCCUGGAUGAGCUCAACACCCUGUUCAGCUCUGGUCGCAGCCUGCUGAGGAAGUCCACGUCUGGCCGCAAGAUGAGAGAUGGAGGAUUCAAUUCCAAUAUCAAUUUACCUGGGCGUGAAGACUGUGGCUCUGCCCCCACUUCUCCAUCUCUGCAGCUACAGGAUAAGAACGCCAACAACCACUCUCUUCACUCUCCAAGCCCCGCCCCCGUAGAAAAUGGCAACCAGAUCUCCAACGGGUUGUUGGAGGAUGACAGUCACAGCAAGUCAAACUCGUCCAGUUCAGCCUCUCUGCACAGACACAUGGACAGCCAUCAUACUCAGGUGUUUCAGAGGCUACGUCUGUCCAACGGGGAUGAGGGCACUGCACUAGGGGAGCUUCUGCGAUGGCGGCAAGCACAGUGUGAGGGGCCGGGCGACUGGAAGCACCGUCCACCUCAGUCUCCACCCCUGACCCCCGCGCUGCUCUGGACCAACAGGAAGGCCUCCCCAUGA